CGCCCAUUUCUCGGCCGCAGGGUCGCCUUGGUGUGCUAGCGUGAGUCUCCGGCUGCUGUUUUGCUGCGUGGGGAAGACGAUGGCGUGUGGCCGAGGCAGCCGUCUGGCCCUGGGCGUCCUUCGGUCGCUGCUCUUGGUGGUGCUGCUGCCCGGCGGUUUCUGUGAAAACUGUACAGCAUACAAAGAUUCUGAUGGCCACUUAAAUACAGAAAAAUCUUGCCUGGAGUUUUGCUGUGGAACUUGUACAAGCCGAUAUUGUUGCUCAGAUUUCUUACAGAAAUUAGAUGAAGAUGUUCAACUUCUGUGUAAUGAGAUGUCAGAAAGCAUGUCGGAAGAGCCUGUGAUGGGAGAAGCAAUGAAGUUCAGAUCAGAUUUUGAUGAUUGGGAAGCAGAGGCAAAUAAAAGCUUUGGGACCUUUGUAGCAAUUGGAGUUACACUCUUUGUGCUGUUUAUUGUGACUGUUAUUCUCUGUUUCACCUGCUCCUGUUGCUGCUUGUAUAAAGCAUGCCGAAGGACACCACAGCCUAUUGUAACAACUACUACAGCCACAACUGUGGUGCAAGUGCCAUAUCCCCAACAGCCUGGGACAUCACCAGGUUACCCUGGAGGUUACCAUGCAGGAUAUCAUCCUGUGCCAGUGCAGCCACAGCCUGGAGCACCAGUAGCACCCUACCCGACACAGUACCCUCCACCUUACCCCAUGCAGCCUGCAGGACCACCAGCCUACCACGAAACAAUGGCAGGUGCUGGAGCUCCCUAUCCAACAGCACAGCCCCCCUAUAACCCUGCAUAUAUGGACCCUCCAAAGCCUUCUUAUUAAAUGGACCACCUGCUGUGUGUCUGCACAGAUUUCUUCAAACUGAAUCCAUUGUGAGGCACGCUGGCUUGAAAUACUAUUCUGUUACAGGAAGAAGAAAAACAGUCACCAAGAAAUAGUAGUCUUUAAAAAUGUCUUUAAAAAAGAAAUAGUAGUCUUUAAAAAAACAAAGGGGGGGAAAAGAUCCUCCACUUGGGUUUACUUUCCUAUACCUCAUACCAGUAAAAUGAUAUUCAAGAGUUAGAAAGAGAUGAAAGCAAGAACAAUUUAAAAUAAAAAUCACAGAUAUAUCCUGCAAUACUUUGAGGUCCAGUAAAAGGGAAUGUUCAUGAUUCUGUCAAUCAGAGAAAACGAGAGCUAUGCCUUUGCAAAAUCUGUGUAAAGCUUGAUAAUUGUGGGGUGUGUGAGUUUUCUUUGUUUGUUUUGGACUACUAUCAUAAAGUAACUUCAGAUGGAAAUAUUGUUUGUUAGAAAGUUUAGUCUUUAGCAAGGAAUACUGCAACUGUGUUGUGCAAUUUUUCUGUAUGUUAUGUUAUUCACUUCACUGUAAGCUUUUCUGAAUUUUAAUGUCAACCAUGUGAAUUUUCUUUGUUUUUGCAUUGUUUUUGUUGUUUCACUUUAAAAGAUUAGCAUUUCAGUUUUUAUCCUUGUGAGAAAUUUUUAUCUUUCUGCUAAAAGUAUACCAAAAGCAUAAUGUUUCAUCUGAUGCUGAAUAAGAACUGUCAAAUGAGAACAUUCUAUUGUUACUUCAGAAUAUAACUGUGUUAUACAUAAAAUAAUUUCCCCCCACAUUUUAGAAGAAUCUGUUUGUCAUCUGAAAAUUAAUUUCUUAGUCUUUGCUUAAUCUUGCUUGUUGCUUUGGAUUCUGGAGCAAGUAACCAUGAAAAAUUAGAAAGUCUGGCCUGAACUAUUAAAACAACAGUUACUUUGCACGUGCUUUGUGUUCUGUAACAUGUAUGCUAACAGAGAUGCUUCAGAUGGAAGAUAACCUUUGAAUUAAAUGCUAUGUUGUGAAGAGGAACAAAUCUGAGAAAUCAUAUUUUUUAAACUUAAAAUCUGUUUUACACAACAGAGUAGUUAUUUUCUUGUCUUGAUAGCCACAGCUGACUCGUUUCAAACUUGGCUGAAUGGAGAGAAACUGGCUUCGUGGAAUUAGAGACUUGAUGACAAUAUGCAUUAGUAAAAAGGCAUUUCUUGUUUAUAUGUUGAAACUUGAGACCAAAUUAUGUAGUAAGUUACUGAAAUACUUUCAGCACUGCAAACUGAAAGUAUGUCGGAGAGGCUGUGAUUUCUGAAGUUAAAUGGGAACUUGGAAAGAUCUCUAAAAUUUGGAAAUGACUGUGUGUGUUAUAAAAAAUAUCGGGGUAUUUAACAGAUAGAAUGCUCUUGAAGUAUGUCUUCUGAUUUUACAUGGUUGGUUAAGUAUCCAAAUUAUUUUAAUUGACUAAUAUUUUCAUUAUUCUAAACAGCUUUUUUUUAAAAAAACUGGGAAUAACAUUGUUUUCUGCUCUCACUCUCAAUCAGUAUUGCACUGACUGUGCUGUUGUCCUCUUUUAUAUAUCAGUCUAUGACCGUGGUGCCAAAGGCUGGCCACCACUGGUCUAUGACAAAAACUGGUGCUGUCAUGUUUUAUCUUCAAGAUACAAUUUAAGGCACAAAGCAACAGUCUUUCUUCCCCUUUGCUUUUUAUUUGUUGUACUGAUAUAUACAGUCCCUUAAAAUUUAGGGUUUAUUUUUUACGUACUUCUGAAAUCAGUGAGAAUGAAAGAAAUAUUGAAAUAAUUGCCCUGCACAAUCGAUGGCACACAUAGUUUUCAUUCCAUAGUUCCAUAUGAAGGUAUCCAAGUACAGAAUUCUAGCAAACGCCAAGGAAACAAAAAACAGCUAGUAGAUCUGUUUGAUUGCCUUGGAGGGGGGAGUAAGUAAGGAGACAGAAACAAGUUUUUACAUUCCUAUUUUUAGGAGCUGUUAUUGUUUAUUACAGAUUGAUUCUGGAGUUACGAAGCUGUAAUACACUUCUCUGAGCAGAAAACUACUUGAAGAAAGUCACUGUAACCUUUGUACUACUUUAAUGGUCAUCAUUCUUCCUGUUAUUUUGCUGUGAUACAAUCCACAUGUGAAAUGACUAUUUUUUAUGUAAGGACAGCCCUAUGUGUACUCAUAGAAUGCAGCCCUUUGUCUAUGUAUUUUGUCCACAUGAUGGUAAUAGAGAAUAAGAAAGAUAUCUCAUUAUAAAUAACAUUAGAUACAUUUCCAUCAACAGUAAAUAUAGUGUGAAAUGAAAGGAGGGACUUGAUAAUUGCAAUACCUUUGGUAACAGAGAUAUGUUUAUAGAUUUCCACAGGUUAUAAAGAGAAGUCUUUUUAAGCUUUAUUUUUAUUUCUGUCUUAACAUAUAAGUAACAGUGUAUACAUUACAGCUGAAAAAAUGUUUCCUCAGCACCCCCGAAGACAUCUAAGUGAUGGGAGCUAUCUUAGUACAAGGCAGCUAGCAUACUGUCUGAUUGUAACUUUGUUGCUGAUCAACCAUUGCUUCGCAAACAGCCGUUCCUGUUCCCAGGAAACAUUUGAAUGAUGUGAAACCAUAGGGGAACCUGUAAUAAGGAUGCCCACCUGCUUUCUCUUUCACUCUCUGUGCUAGGUGGAGAGAUUCUUUUAACUAUUGCAUUGACUUUCAUACACCUUGAGAAUUUUGCCACUAUUGUGCACCAUGCAAUCCAGUGCACUGUCAUGUGGUUUGUUUAGAAAUAUGCAUAACUAAGGACAGUAUUUGCUUAUGUACUGCUCAUAUUUCUGCGUUGGUAAUCUUACAGUUACAUACCAGCAGCAAUUGCAUGUAAGCAGAAAUGACUGUGGCCAAUGAGGGACUUUUUAUUUAGUAUAAUAAAUGUGUCAAUUUCAUUACAUUUUAAAAAACUAAACCAGAAGGGAAAUGGAAAUUGAGCUUUAAAUUGUACAUGUUAUGUUUUUACUUCUAUUGUUGUUUGAAAAGUGCCUUUUCAGAAUUUUCUAGCAAGUUAGUCAACGUACUAUAUCAAUGAACCUUACAUUUUUGUAGACAUUCUUGAUUUUUAUACUUCUGCUGUGUACUUGGUUUGUUUCCCAUAGCAAAGAACAUCUAUUCAGUGGUUUUAAAUAACAUUCACAACUCUUUGUAAUACAUGUAGAUAGUUAAAAUACACUUGUUUUAGAUUAUCUGUUAUUAUACAAUUUAGAAAUAUGGCAUGCAAUCCUAUCCAUGUAAGGCAGUCACCCAAAUACAAAUAAAACUAGUUGCAAGUAAAA